GGAAACGAGGGAACAUGUGUGUGUGACGGGACGAUCGCUGCUCCCCAAAACAACGAGAUCAAUGCCAGCUAAAAGAUUGCUCAAUCAGUGAACUUGGUGACUUGGUGAACCGCGAAAGUCAGUGACUAAAACUGCGCCAUAAAAUAGGAAAAGAAAAUACUUUAUCGCGAAGGCAGGCAGCAUGUGUGCCACGGGGAAUCCCCACCACAGGCUCGGCAGCCUCAGUGCCCUGCUCCUUCUCCUCCUCGUCGCCCAAACAAUCCACGUGGAAUACGCCCGGGCGGAUUAUGAGAACACCUGGAAUUUAUAUUACGAGCCGCCCUGCUGCACAGGCUCGGCAGCUGGCCAUCAUCUGCGCCACCACAAAGAUCAUGUCAAGGACUUCAGUUGCGGCCCGCUGCACUACAAGACCUUCUAUAUGGAUGAGCACAAUAAUGCCCUAUACGUGGGCGCCAUGGAUCGCAUAUUUCGGCUCAAUCUGCGCAACAUCAGCCAAUCUAUUUGCGAGCGCGAUGUCCUCAUAUUGGAGCCCACCGGAUCGGAUAUCCUGAACUGUGUGUCCAAGGGCAAACGGGAGAAGGUGGAAUGCCGCAAUCACAUAAGGGUUAUCCAGCCGAUGAACUUCAAUGGCCAGAAGCUGUAUGUCUGCGGAACCAACGCCCACAAUCCCAAGGAUUACGUAAUAAAUGCGAACUUAACACAUUUACCCAGAUCCCAGUACGUGCCCGGCGUUGGCCUGGGCAUUGGCAAGUGUCCCUACGAUCCUGCUGACAACUCAACCGCCGUCUAUGUGGAGAACGGAAAUCCCUUCGGCCUGCCCGCCCUGUACGCCGGCACGAAUGCAGAGUUCACCAAGGCGGAUUCCGUCAUAUUCCGCUCGGACCUGUACAACCUGACAAAUGGACGCAAGGAGGCCAACUUCAAGAGAACCGUGAAAUACGACUCCAAGCUGUUGGACAAACCCAACUUUGUGGGCUCCUUUGAGAUUGGCGAGUUCGUAUACUUCUUCUUCCGCGAACAUGCCGUGGAGUACAUAAAUUGUGGAAAGGCUGUCUACUCGCGAGUGGCUCGCGUUUGCAAGAACGACAGGGGUGGCAAGUACAUGAUCAGCCAGAACUGGGCGACCUAUCUGAAGGCCCGCAUGAACUGCAGCAUCUCCAGCGAAUUCCCGUUCUACUUCAACGAGAUACAAUCGGUCUACAAGAUGCCAACGGACGAUACCAAGUUCUAUGCCACGUUCACAACGAAUACGAAUGGCCUGAUUGGAUCGGCAGUCUGCAGCUACGACAUCCGGGACAUCAACGCGGCCUUCGACGGCAAAUUCAAGGAGCAGGCCACCUCGAACAGCGCCUGGCUGCCCGUGCUGAACUCCAAAGUACCGGAGCCACGUCCGGGCACUUGCCACAACGACACCGCCACGCUGCCCGACUCCGUGUUGAAUUUCAUUCGCAAACAUCCGCUAAUGGACAAGGCGGUCGAUCAUGAAUUUGGCAAUCCGGUCUUCUUCAAGCGGGACGUCAUACUCACCAAGCUGGUGGUGGACAAGAUACGCAUCGACAAGCUGAACCAGGAGUUCCUAGUGUACUUUGUGGCCACGACGUCUGGUCACAUCUACAAGAUAGUGCAGUUCAUGCACUACGGCCAGCGGCACUCCAACCUGGUGGACGUAUUCGAGGCCUCGCCGCACAACGAACCCAUCCGGGAGUUGACCCUCAGCCAGAAGACGGGAUCCCUGUACCUGGCCACCGAUCACCAAGUGAAGCAGAUCGACAUUGCCAUGUGUGCCCGGCGCUACGACAGCUGCUUCCGCUGCGUGGCGGAUCCCUACUGCGGCUGGGACGAUGACGUCAAGGCCUGCCGACCCUAUCAGCUGGGCCUCCUGCAGGACGUGGCCAACGAGACGUCCGGGAUCUGCGAUACGAGCAUCCUGCGAAAGAAGGUCACCUCCUCGUACGGCCAGACCCUGCACCUCUCCUGCUUUGUCAAAAUGCCGGAGGUUCUGAGGAAGAAGCAGACGCGCUGGUACCAUCACUCCACCGAAAAAGGACGCUACGAGGUUCGCUACACGCCCACCAAAUACAUCGAGACGAACGAGGGCGGCCUGGUCCUGCUGGCGGUGAACGAGGGCGACGGCGGGCGGUACGACAGCUACUUGGAUGGCACCCUGCUCUGCAGCUACGGCGUCACCGUGGACGCCCACAGGUGA